CAGUGGGGUUGUGCAGGGCUUGAGGAGUAGUAGUGUUGCGAGGUGGGGGCUGGUACUGGAGGUGGGAUUGCAGAGUGGUGGGUAUGAGGCACUGGGGUACAGUCUCUAGGCAUUGGGCUCUGGGGUUAGGCUUAUAGGGCUUGACGGCCCUAGUAUUAGGGGGAGGGGUGUCUGGCUGGGAGGAGGCACUGAACAAGGAUGAGAUGGAAUUAGCAAGAAGUGGGUUGAGUCUGGAGGGGUCAGCCCGAGCCCCUGUUCCCUGGGAACAUCCAGCAAACGAGCAACGUUCAGGAUAAAACAUGGUGAUUAAAUCCUACGUGCUAUGCUAUCCGCUUUGUGAUCCGAGACAUGCUCUUCAUGCAUCUGAGAUUCUGGUAUCUGCUCUUCAUGAAACCCUGAUCCUGCCACUUAUUCCUGUGCCUACAUGGAGGCCCAGUGAAGUCAGAAACACCCUCCCCCCUGGCACAGGAUAUGGACUGUAUGUUUAUCCUAAUUCUUUUUUUCAAUAUGAAGGAGAAUGGAAACAAGGAAGAAAACAUGGUCAUGGUAAGCUGUUAUUUAAGGAUGGGAGUUAUUAUGAAGGCGAGUUUGUAGAUGGAGAAAUUAUGGGAAAUGGAUUGCGAUACUGGGCAUCUACAGGAAACACUUAUUCAGGUCAGUUUGUUUCUGGAGAGCUCCAUGGACAUGGAGUCAUGCAGUACAAAGACGGUGGGAAAUAUGAAGGGGAGUUCUCCUAUGGAAUGAGAGAAGGACAUGGAUUACUUGUUGACAAAGAUGGACAAACUUAUCAAGGAACCUUUUACAAUAAUAAGAAACAUGGAGGAGGGAAAAUGACCUUCAAGAAUGGUGAUAAGUAUGAAGGAGACUGGAUCCUGGACCAGCAACAGGGUCAUGGGGUGCUGCACUGUGCCGAGGGAACUAUAUAUGAGGGACAGUGGAGAAAUGAUGUGUUCAAUGGACAGGGCACUGAAAUUCAUUGUUCUGGUGUCAUCUAUGAUGGACUGUGGAUCAAUGGCUACCCUGCUGCUCAAGCAAAGAAGAUAGUAAUUUUGGGCCCAGAAGUUAUUGAUGUAAUCCAAGGGUCUGCUAUCACUCUUCAUGUCCAGCUACAGAAUGAAGAAGGAGAGGUUUGUGAAUAUGAGAAUGGUCGACUUUUGGAGAUCUGGGCUGGAGUCAAAAACCAUCAAAUUCCAGCAAGUUCUUCUACCAGCUUAUUCAAGUUAAUUGAAGAAGUUGAAAGGAAGCCAGUGAAAACCCCUUUUGGAUUUGAGUGUAUUAGCUAUCCUUUGAUGGAUGCUGUGUCUGGAAGCUGGAAAGUGAAAGCUGCUGUCCCUAUAUCUGGCAAAUCUGGAUUUGCACUGGCUGAUUUACCAAUCCCUAAGGGAGAUAUAGAGCCAGAAUCCAAAUCAGACACCCUGCUUGGAAUGAGAGAUGCCCCUAGCACCGAGGAUGGAUUUGAAGGUGAAAAUCUCCAUCCUCCAGCCAGUCAGAGAGUGGAGCGUGGCUGUGUUGUUUUCAGAAACAUCAUGCUUGCACCUCCUCCAGCUAAUUAUCAACCAUUCAUGCUUUUGGAUGAACUAAACAAGAAAAGAGGCAAAAAGCCAAGUGGAAGGAUAUCUACUGAGAAAGCUGAGAAGAUGACAGUCUCACAGGAGAAAAUUGUAGACAGCAGGUCUGAAGUGACAGCGAAAGAGUGUAAGUCAAAACAGGAUCAGCACUCCAUGAAGAACUCUAGGGUAUUGCCAGGCCAGUAUGUGAUUAUGGUCCAUGAAGUGACCAUGCCCCCAUUCUUGGGCCAGACUCUACCACCUGCUUUCAAACUUUUGAGGGUUUUGCCAGAGAAAACCAAAGUCAAGAAUAUUAAAAUGGAAACUGUGAAGGCCACCAGCACAUAAAGAAGGAACAUAAAUGUGUAAAGAGUCAGGACCUUUUCCAGCACCCACUGAAGUCAGUGGAAGUUUUACCAUUGAGUACAAUGGGAGUUGGAUUGAGUUCUUGAGUCUUGAUCAUGCCCAUGCAAUUGAGGUUUAAGUUUAAAUAUUGUGGACUAAUCAAAGCAAAGAAAUAAUUGACCACCAGAGAUCCAUUUCACACUGGUCCUGUCUUGUAAAAUUUUAGAAGACAAAUAGAUAUUUGAGAUUGUAUUAUGAGAAAUAGGUAAAAGACUUCAGUAAAAUCUGUCUUUCAUCAGUACAAUAGAACCUCAAACUUACGAACACCUCAGGAAUGGAGGUUGUUUGUAACUCUGAAAUGUUGAUAACUCUGAACAA